AUGGAUCUCAUAAGCUUCUCCGUGCUGGUGGUUUCGCUCGGCAGUUACCUCGUCUCUCAGUGGAUCUUCCACGCCGCGGGUCCCCGUCUGUCCCGCCGUCUGGUUUCAGCUUUCGUCACGUUCACGCCUAAGCAGAGGGCAGAAUGGAGCUCCAGGCUCGUCUCUACAGUCCACGCUUUGGUUGUUGGAUUCCUGUGUCUCUACAUAUUAGUUUUUGAUGAAGCAACUAAAAAAGAUCCCAUCUGGGGGGAUCCAACUCUGGUUAAAGUGAACGUGGCCAUGACCACAGGCUACCUCAUCUCAGAUCUGCUGCUGAUGAUUUACUUCUGGGAGUUUAUAGGAGAGAAAUAUUUUGUGAUACACCACCUCGCUGCUCUUUAUGCGUAUUACUAUGUACUAAGUCAGGGAAUCUUACCGUAUUUUGCUAAUUUCCGUCUGCUUGCUGAAUUUUCCACCCCGUUUGUGAACCAACGGUGGUUCCUUCAGACGCUGGGCUACCACAAGGUCUCCAGACCCAACCUGGUUAACGGAGUAGCCAUGGCAUUCACGUUCUUCCUGGUCAGGAUCGCGGUCAUUCCAGUCUAUUACAGCCAGAUGUACAGUGUGUUCGGUACAGAGGCGUUUUACAGACUCACACCGGGAGCUCGAUGUGCCUGGAUCAUCUCCAGCGUCUGUCUGGACGUCAUGAACAUCAUGUGGAUGCGCAGGAUUCUUCGGGGCUGCCUCAAGGUCCUGAGCUCCAGAAGAAUGACAAUGGAGAGCAGGAAAAUGGAUUAAAACGAGUUAAACAUAAAUAUCUGGACAAUCAAAACCAAAAAUGCUAAGCUGCUAUAAAGUGAAACCACAUUUGCCUUCAUUGUAACAGAUGCAAUAAACCCAGCACAAGAACAGCACAUUUAACCUAAAGGGAACUAAACAGCCUGAUAGCUUAGGACAUAAAUAUUAUAUACCAGGGACCAUGCAUGCCUGUGAAAUGAUUUUAAAUGUAAAUUAUUCUGGAUUUAAAGCAUUUCUAGCAUUACACAUACAUGUACUCUGUAAUAUUACAUGAAAUAUUCAUUUACAAAC